UUUGUAGGCAGGUGGAGACCUCCGAUUCGGCAUCGAGAAACCCAACCUCGGAUUCGAUAAAUUCGAUUUUUGAACUUUGAAAUCCAGGCGUCAGCGCAUAACAACAUAUUCAUUGCCAGAGCCGAGAAUUUCCAAAUCUAAAGUUUCCUGAUCCUACCGCCUAUAUAAGAAGACCAUGGAUUCAAUCAUAGACCUUUCGGACCCGUCCAAAGCACUGGACCUCUCGCGCAUCCGCUACCAGUUGAUGUGAGUUUGAGCUCCCCAGAAUAUGGGGGGUUCCUCGUGAGCUCACACGGUAUAUCAGUCGGCUGGAGGACACCAUAACUUUCCACUUGAUUGAGCGCGUCCAGUUCCCGCUCAACAAGAAUAUCUAUGUGCCGGGCGCCGUCCCGAUACCUAACAGCACCCUGAGCUUCAUGGACUGGUACCUGAUGGAGCAGGAGAAGCUGCAGUCGCUGAUCCGGCGCUACGAGUCGCCGGAUGAGUACCCUUUCUUCCCGGCCGCCGUGCAAAAGCCCAUUCUGGAUUCGCUGCAUUAUCCGCGCAUCCUGCACCCCAACAAUAUGAACGUCAACGACAAGAUCAAGAAGUUCUACAUUGAGAAGUUCCUGCCCAAGGUGUGCCCGGAUUUUGGCCGCGAAGAUCGAGGCGUCUCACAAGAGAACUACGGGUCCUCAGCGACGUGCGACAUAGCCUGCCUCCAGGCACUGUCGCGGCGCAUCCACUUUGGCAAGUUCGUUGCCGAGUCCAAGUUUCAGUCCGAGACGGACAAGUUCACCCGCCUCAUACGCGCCGGUGACCGUGAUGGUAUCGGCGAGGCCAUCACGAACAAGGCGGUUGAGAAGAAGGUGCUCGAGAGGCUAAAGCUCAAGGCGCAGACGUACGGAACAGACCCGUCGCUAGGCGCUGAGGGGGGCGACCAGGUCAAGAUCAACGUGGAUGCUGUCGUGGCUAUGUACGAGGACUUUGUCAUACCCCUGACCAAGGAGGUCGAGGUCGAGUACUUGAUGCAGAGGCUGGAGCCGGCACGGUGAUAAAUCGUUGUUCUGUUUGUCCAUUUUUUUUUGCAUUGCGCUGCUUUUAGGAGGCUGUACCGACGUAUUCGGCGAUAGACUGCACUGCCUUCUGGAACUUGCUCGCUUCAAUUAGCAUCAUAAAGCCGGACGACUUGACUCCCAUCUCCUGGAAUGCCCUCUUGCUGUCCGCUACUGACUCCCCUUCCUUCGAAAACGCGUACUGCCCCGACACGAGCGCGUGCUUGCGCAUCUCCUCGUCCUCGGGGUGGAAGUAUUGCAACUCUGCCUCCUCCCUCGCCUUCUUCUGUUUUCUCUCGCUCUGGUCCAGGCUAGAUGCGACCUCGUUGUACGUCCUUGACACCACCAGGUAGUGCGUGAAUUCGUACGGCUCGUUGUCCUCUACGGCCGCCUCGA